GACAGAAAAAGUAGAUCCAAAUUACUAAUAAUGGACAGUCAAAAACAACAAAGAUUGGUUUCUAAUAAAAGGGUUGACAACAACACAAAUCCUAAACUAUAGAAAGAAAAACCUAAAAUCAACAGAUCUUGGCAUGAAAACAAGGAGUAUGAAACGGACACCCCCCAAAAUUCACAACCACAAAUCUUACCCUUCACCUCCUACCUCCAUCCCUCCCUUCUUUUAUCCCAGCAAGCUGAAAACCAUCCCAUCUUUUCUUUUUGUGUAUCCUUCUCUUCCCCUCCUCUAUUUGGAAGGGCAGGGUGUCGGCGUAUUUUAAAACCCUCUCUUGUGUUUGUUCCCAUGCCCAUAAUGGGUUCUAAGUUCUGGCUGGUUUUCCUCAUGUUGGCUACGGCCUUGGUUGUUGAGUCGACGACUUUUAUGGAUGAUGCUGACCUCUGGGGCCUGUCCACUUUAGGCCAUGACAAUAACGGAUUCGAAUUCAGCACUGAGAUGAUGAUGGAUUCUGAGAUCAAUCACAGGUUGCUGGCUCAGAAGACAAGGUACAUUAGCUAUGGAGCCCUAAGGGCUAACUCGGUCCCCUGCAAUCGUCGCGGGAGGUCUUACUACAACUGUAACAGGCGGCAAAGGGCUAAUCCUUACAGACGUGGAUGCAGCACCAUCACAAGGUGCCGUCGGUACACUCAUUAAUCAAUGAAGAGAAUGAUAACAGAAGAGAGAGCGCCAUUAUAGAAGAAAAGGGAAAGGAUAGUUGCCCUUUGAGCAUGCAUCAAUUUGGGAUUCUUCGGUUGUCAAUUUGUUAACUGCAUUUCCUCCUCUAACGCUACGCUGCAGUUUAAUAUGGUAUUUUAAUUAUGUCUUGUUAUUUGUUGUCUGUGUUCGUCUUUCAUAUUUGAUAUUAAAGGUCUCUCGUUGCUUCUGUAAUUGCAAGUCUGUGUCUCCUCUUCUUCUGAUUCUGAGCUUUAAAUGUAACUUUUGGAGGAAAUGAAAGGCUAGUAUUUUAUGUAAUUUUAAUUUAAUGAAAGUUUUGAUUAGGCUUUUCUCUGCA